CUCUCCUUGUAGAUGCUCUUAGUACUUCUGUAUUCUAAACUCGAAGGACUAUUAUUCCUUAUGGAAAUCUAGCCCCAAACACAAGAGAGAACAAGAUAAGGAGCCAACACCAACAACAACAAAAGGAAAAGAAAAAAUGACUUUAACCUCAAUUUCAUAUGUCCUAAAAUCUUAAUAAAACCCCCAAUUUUUUCCAGCUAAAAUUACAUCAUUCUAGAGCAAAAAGUAAAAUAAAAUGUGUUCAUCUUCCACAAUAUCAACAUUUCUACCACUUUGUAAAAACCACCCAUUUCAUCAAUUUCCAAUUUUGACUGCUGAUGAGAAUCUUUUUAGUGAAUUCAGACUCAAAAACCCUAAAAAUCGAAACUUUACAUCUAUUUCUGCUUCAAUUACCAAAAACAAUUUACAUUUAUCAUGGGUUAAUUCUGAUCAACCUGAAAUUGAUGAUUUUAAUGGUUGGGCAUUUCUUGAAGAAACUGUAAUUAUCCCUGAAAAGCAGAAAAAAGGGUUGCCUAAGUAUCUAUUGUUUGGUAUUGGGACUUCUGUUGUGGCAUUGCUUGCCGUGUUUGGUCAUUAUGCUCUAUCACGUAAAGGUUUGGUUUUGCGAUUUAGCAGUCCAUUUCAUGUAUUUGUUGAUAAUAAAUUGUCGGGCUCGGAAGAUACAUUAAAGGUGGAUGAAGCUGUUGUGGAGCCGUUGAAGGAAAAUGUUCAUGAAGGAGGUGAUGCGAUAUCAGAAGAAGUAAUUGGUCAUCUUAACUGGGAAGAAGGAAAGGUUGGAAGAGUUAUAGUUCCAGUUUUGGCUGAUACUACUCAGCAGGAGGCUUUAUUGUGGUUGAAGAAUCUUAAGAUCAUUGAAGAUGAAGUUAAGGCAGAUGAAUUUUGUACGAGAAGAGAAUAUGCAAGAUGGUUGGUUCUAGUUAACUCCAGACUUGAAAGGAAUACAAGAAAUAGGAUAGUUCCAUCUGUCGCACUCGCUGGAUCUACUAUCAAUGCUUUUGAUGACAUUCGGGAUGAAGAUCCUGAUUUUGAGUACAUUCAAGCCCUCGCUGAGGUUGGCGUUAUCCCGAGCAAGCUGUCUGGUAAAAAAUUAUCUUCUGAUCUGGAUAGUUCAAAGAGCACUGGAGGUGCAACUUUUUUUCCUGAUAGAUUGAUUUCACGUGAGGAUCUUAUUGGUUGGAGAGCCAAGUUAGAGUAUGAAGUUAUGCCAGGACUAAAUGAAGAGAUAUUAAGGCACAAAAUAGGCUUUCUGGAUGCAAGGGAGCUUAAUUCAGAUGUGCUACCGGUUCUUUUUAUAGACACACUGGCAAACAACAAAAGCAUUACGAGAAAAGUUUUUGGUCAGCUCAAACGGUUCCAGCCUGGGAAACCCUGCACCAAGGCACAAGCUGCAGUGGCACUCACGAGUGGAAGAAUAAGUGAAUCAAUUCGCCAUGAAUUCUUCCAGUUAGAAGCUGAGAAAUCUUCCCGGGAGUUUGCAAUGAAAGAGAUUAAAUCGGAACUUCUUGAGAGAGGUGACAUACAGAGGUUUUGGGAGAAAAAACUAGAGGAUGAACAUACUCGUUUUUUGGAGGUGGAAGCAGCUUAUCUAGAAGCACUCAAAGAAUUGGAACAUCGAAAGAUUGAUCACGAUAAUGCUAUAGCUGCUUACUUGAAGGAGAAAGCAGCUUUAGAUUGUCAAAAGCAGCUACUUUCUAGCUUGAAGAAAGAAAUAGAAGAAAUGAAUCAGAAACUUGCAUAUGAACGAACCGACUAUGUGGAUGAGCAACAUAAAAUCCGUAGUAAAGUCAGUGGAUUAGAAGUAAAAUAUGAAAAAAUUCUUGAUUCAAAAGCAAUACUCGAAGCUGAAUUAGAAGCCCUUCGUAUACUCAGAUCUUGGAUAGAGGAUGAAGCAAAAAAGGGUCAAGCUCGGACUAAGGUCCUUGAGGAAGUUGGUCGAAGAUGGAAAUGGGGUAAUCGUUCUUGAAUUGGUCUUAGUGAACCAAACUAUUUGAUUGAUAUGUGAUUAAUACAUAAAUAUCGACUAAUUUGAUUCAAGUGAAGAAAAAGCAGCUAGAAAAUGCUCAUUUUUCUGGAUAGUAUGUUAGUAAGCAAUACUGACGAGCUUUAUUAAGGCGUUGAUCAUGGCAGUAGUGAUGGUGCAAUGGUGGUUUCCAAAAUAUUUACAUUAAACUUGACUUGGUGGCAUUUCUUCAAUAAAUUUUGGGGCUAUUGCAGGGAUGAGUAACGAGUUAGCCAUGUCUCGGUUCUUUGGCAAGCAUCGUAGCUCAACAAUUUGAUAUACGCUGAACUUUGAUGAGCCAAGCUACUGAGCCUCUAGCGAAUUAAUGUAAUUUGUACUUGUAGAUACCGAGGUCUUGUGAGGAAUAUAGUUGAUUUAUUCACAAAAUUUCAUUCAAGUUCUUAUGGAUCUAGUUUUUGAGUUGGGUCAAGGAUUGAACUCGUAUUAACUUUUAUGAGCUAGAACUUAUGAGUUGUACC